CUUUUUUUCCACGAGAACACACGCACAGCUGUGAGGACGAGCGUGUUCCGCUAUGUUGGUGUUUUGCGUGUUGAGUGUCGUUUGGCUCGCGGCGAGUCCGGCUCGCGCUCAGAACGAGACGGAACCAAUCGUCCUGGAGGGGAAGUGCCUGGUGGUGUGUGACUCCAACCCCACCUCCGACCCCACGGGCACUGCGCUCGGGAUCUCCGUGCGUUCCGGCAGCGCAAAGGUGGCGUUCUCGGCGGUCCGGAACACCAACCACGAACCCUCCGAGAUGAGCAACCGAACCAUGGUCAUCUACUUCGACCGGGUUCUAGUAAACGUUGGGAGGAAUUUUGACGAGGAGAGAAGUAAUUUCAUCGCACCGCGCAAAGGAAUUUACAGUUUUAACUUCCACGUGGUGAAAGUCUAUAACCGCCAAACCAUACAGGUGAGUCUGAUGCACAACGGCUGGCCAGUGAUUUCAGCAUUUGCCGGCGACCAGGAUGUGACGCGUGAAGCGGCAAGCAAUGGCGUUCUGAUCCAGAUGGAGAAGGGAGACCGGGCUUACCUCAAACUGGAGAGAGGAAAUUUAAUGGGAGGAUGGAAAUACUCCACCUUCUCCGGCUUCUUGGUGUUUCCCAUGUAGGAGAAGAUGGAGAGAGGAGGAGGAGGGAGGAAGAGGAGCAGGGGAUGGACCAAAGGAGGAGGAGCUAGUAUAAGAUGGAGCACACACUGAAGAGGUGACAUGGCGGUUGGAAGGAGAGGACAAAGAAGAAGAGACUACAUAGAGGCAAAAAAAGAAAAAAGAAUGUGACAACAGAAUUUUGGCUUUGACACUGGAGGGAGGAGCAAGAGUUAGGAAGCCAA